AUGACGGUCCCACAAAUCCAGACCCAAACCCUGGCUGUAGCGAUGUCAUCGGCCUCGCUCUCACCCUCACCCUCGCACUCGCCGCCCUUACAACCUUUACAGCCUUUACAGCUCUCUCAUUCAUCCGCCUCAGCUCAUUCUUCUUCUACCAAGAACAAGAACCAUAACAAGAACAUUAACACCACCACCACAACAGCAGUUAGCAUUGCUGCUGCUGCUGAUGUUACUGAUCCUUGUGUGACCCAACUUUCGUCAUUUUCUUGGACAGUUCCAUCAGACAUCUCUCCGUCACCCUCUUCUCUGUCACUUAGUAAUUCUUGUUCCACCUAUUCUUCAUCCACUCACAACCAAAACCAAACUCCAAUUGAGUCACUUCGGCGUUAUCCUAUAGACCCCACCAGUCCUAUUCCCGAAGAAGGCGACGAAGAAACCAGUAGUGAAUCAUACUCAAACGAGCCCAUUACGCCAGUCAGUGGGAGACAAUCACGGGAUUUUCGAUAUUGUGAUCAGAACGAUACAUAUCAACGUCGUGAUUCCAUUACUAAUGUUCUAGUCGCCUCUACGUCGGCCGAAGAUUACCGGCCCAAAACAGGACGACGUCCGUCAAUACCAUUUCGUCUUAUUCAGCGACGUUCGUCUUCUGCUUUGUCCAAAGCAAUGUCGAUAUUCAAGCGCAACAGUUUCCACGUGGGGGACAACGGUGGUGCAACCACGGAGUUUAAGGAGCCCAAUUACAAUGCGGAUUCCUCUGAAACCACCCUCUCCUCCGCCAAUAGGAUAACACCCAACGCUAGCCGUCGCCGCUUCUCUUAUCAGAGGUCAGUUAUCACGACUAGAUCUAACACCCCACCAUCGCCUGGCUCUCCAGAGGAAUCAGCUUCCAAUUCCAAGGAUGAGUCCAAUCGCGUGUCAAUCCCUACGUCGCGCGACUUUUUGACAAACCACAACAAGAAAACCAGGUCAAAUACUGGUCUUUAUCUCCGCAGCAGGGUCGUAGGUUUUGCAUCGAAUAAGAACCACUCUCAUCGGCGAACACGGAGUGUAGAGAAGAAGAAGAAGCAGGAUGACCAAGAACUGACUCGUCAGCCAUGGGCGAUCCCUCCGGAUGCCGGCACUGGCAUGAAGGCCAGAAGACUGAGUCUAAGUCUUCCCGAUGACUUCACUGUGGACGUCGCAGAUUUAAUGAAGGAGUAUGAAUAUCAGCACAAAUUCUUGGGCCGACAUGGAAAGCAUUUGGGUAAAGGCGCAACCUCUAAGGUAACUUUGAUGGUGCGCAAGGGCAGUCCUGGAGAGUUGUAUGCCGUUAAGGAGUUCCGAUCCAAAAGCUCCUCUGAGACUGUCGACGACUACGAGAAAAAGAUCAAGUCCGAAUACAGCAUUGCCAAAAGUUUGCAUCACCCCAACAUUGUCGAGACCAUCCGCCUAUGCACAGAUCACGGCCGUUGGAAUCACGUGAUGGAGUACUGCUCCGAGGGCGACCUCUUCACUCUCGUCUCGAAACAAUAUCUUAAAGAAGAGGCCCGCGAUGUGGACCGCCUAUGUCUUUUCAAGCAACUUUGCCAAGGAAUUAACUAUUUGCAUUCGAAUGGCAUUGCGCAUCGCGACAUCAAACUCGAGAACCUAUUGAUCACAAAGGACAGCAAGUUGAAGAUUACUGAUUUCGGCGUGUCGGAGGUAUUCUCGGGUAUACAUCCUGGAUUGCGCGAGGCUGGUGGUCAGUGCGGAAUUGCCAUGGGCGAUGUUCGGCUAUGCAAGCCUGGCAUCUGUGGCAGUCUUCCUUAUAUCGCACCCGAGGUUCUUAGCAAGAAGGUGGACUACGACCCCCGCCCCCUCGACGUCUGGAGUUCAGCAAUUGUCAUGCUCUAUCUCACCUUCAAUGCGAACUUAUGGGAGAAGGCACAAGCUGGCUUAACCUCGCCAAACCAGAAGACGUACAAUGAACUUGUGGCUGGUUGGGAACGAAUAAAUGCCAAGAGAGAAGCAAAUCCUGAAAGCGUAGCCAAGGAUGCCUAUCCUAGAGUAGGCGCGUUUGACUUUUGCGUCAAGCCUCUCGCUCUCCGUCGACUUCUCCUUCGAAUGUUGAACCCCGACCCACAGCAACGCAUUACCAUGAACGAAGUGGUCACAAACAGAUGGAUGAAGAAUGUCGAGUGCUGUCAACUGGAGAGUUAUGAGGAUCCAGUGAAGUUCAUCGACGCUUCCAAGAAGAACUGCAUGAAGUCUAGUACAGGCAAGAUCUUCUGUCACAACCAUCUACCUCCUCUAAGUACAGGACAUGGGCUACCCCCAAUGCCCGGCAAGCCUGGCUACUAA